UAUAUAGCCUCCACAUUGUUAUUUUCCUGCUGCUGUUUAAUUAUUUAAGGGCUUGUAAGUAAGCGUCACUGUUGUAUUUGGAGCAUGUGACCAUACUCUUAAUCUUGUCCUGUGGUCUGAAAUAUUGAUAACUUGGAAACUAUUGAUGUCUCUGACUUAAAAAAAAGCUUUUUCUUCUCCGCCUCCUAAAAAAUCUGUCCCCUCUCUCACAUCAAUAACACCACCACUGUUAGUAAAUGAACAUGGGGGGUUUUCUGUCCCCUGCCACCGAUCCUGUACUUGGUCUUCACACAGAUGACUUGGUGAAUGGCUAUUUAACGACACGUCAGACUACUUUAGAAUAUCAAUAAUACGUUGUCUACCUGAUUUUUAAAAUGACCACACUCACGCUUUAAAAUAAAAGUUAACUUAGAAAGGCAAAAUGACAGUGAAAGGCUCGUAUCCAUCAUCUCUGCCAAUAGUUCUUACGAUUCUUUACAAUAAAUAUAGAAAAUAUUAGAUCCCAGAUUGACAGUUGCUGGUCUCAUACCAGCAUUUCUGGUCAGGAGGCACUUGGGGCAACUACUUUGUGACAGUUUUGCGGCUUCCUUUUUGCACAUUGGAGCAAAUAUCCUUUGAGUUCCUCCUUUUGAUAUGUUUCCUCACAUGAAGACCUUCUCCUGUCACUUGGAUGUGGUCCCUACUUGACUACUGUUGGCCCUAACAUGCUGUCUAUUGUAAAUAGUUCCCUGUUGGCCCUAAGUAUUGUGUUUAUUGUAAAUAGUUCCCUUUAGGCUCUAACAUUGUGUCUAUUGUAAAUAGUUCCCUGUUGGCUCUAACAUUGUGUCUAUUGUAAAUAGUUCCCUGUUGGCCCUAACAUUGUGUCUAUUGUAAAUAGUUCCCUGAACUCUGUCUCUGGUCCAACCUCAUUUUAAAAAGCCCAAUCCAGACCACUCCUGACUAAAUAAUUAUAGAACUUUCUCGAAGCUUCUUUUUUUUUUUUAUAUAUAUAAGAUUUUAUACGAUUUUGGAAAAAGUUUUUUUUCAAGCAAUUAGUGGCUCAUUUGAGUAUGAACAACUUUAUUUGAAAAAUUCCAGUCGUGCUUCUGCCCACUUCACAGCACGAAAAAUACUUUAUUGAAAAUCAGUCAUCACCUUCUGUUGGCUGCCGGUGAAUGCUUUAUCCUAGUUCAUCUGGAUUUCAGUGCUGUGUAAGAUACUAUGGAUCCUUGUUGACCGGCUGGAGAGGUGGGUGGGAGUCUCUUGCCCUCGACUGGUUCAGGUCAUAUCUUUUGUGGCAGAUGACCCUCAGUGAGAAUGGGUGUUUCCGUAUCGUCCCCGGCACCUAUUCACUAUGGUGUCCCCUCGGGUCAAUACUGAGACUAAUUCCCCCCCCCCCCCCAAUAUAUGCUUCCCCUUGGUGACACCAUCCACAAUCAUAACUUUCAGUUUCGCUGCUACGCAGAUAAAACACAGCUCUAUUGACCCAGAGACCAAGCUAGCGUAGUGAACCUUCACCAGUGUCUUGCUGACCCCAAAUGUUGAAUAAAAUAUAUAUAAUAAUUCAGCUCAAUGAUAUAAAAUCUGAGGUGGUUGUAUUUGGCAACCCAACGUGCUAGAACCUCAGAUUGUAUAUAAUCUUGGUCAUUUGUCCACAAAUCUCCCUCCGAGCCAGGACAAAUCUCCCUCCCGAGCCAGGACAAAUCUCCCUCCCGAGCCAGGACGAAUCUCCCUCCCGAGCCAGGACGAAUCUCCCUCCCGAGCCAGGACGAAUCUCCCUCCCGAGCCAGGACGAAUCUCCCUCCCGAGCCAGGACGAAUCUCCCUCCCGAGCCAGGACGAAUCUCCCUCCCGAGCCAGGACGAAUCUCCCUCCCGAGCCAGGACGAAUCUCCCUCCCGAGCCAGGACGAAUCUCCCUCCCGAGCCAGGACGAAUCUCCCUCCCGAGCCAGGACGAAUCUCCCUCCCGAGCCAGGACGAAUCUCCCUCCCGAGCCAGGACGAAUCUCCCUCCCGAGCCAGGACGAAUCUCCCUCCCGAGCCAGGACGAAUCUCCCUCCCGAACCAGGACGAAUCUCCCUCCCGAACCAGGACGCAGCCAGACAUUCUCUGGCAGGGCACUGUUGACCAUUCUAAAGUCUCUAGGUUGAUAACGAUAGGAGACUGGAUAUUAGGACCCCUGGACUAGGGAAUGGUCUGCCAGAGGAGAUCAGUGUCUCUUUUUAUAUCCCUGCUGAAGAGACACUUUUUUUUAAUGAAGAUGCUUUUCAUGUCUGAUUUUUAAUUAGCUAUCAUUUUGUUUACCUGUUUUUGUUAGCACAUUGAUGUGAAGUCCUUUUGUUACUUGUAUUGAAAAGCACUGUACCAAUAAAGUUAUUAUUAUUAUUAUUAUUACUGUUGAUGACACUAACACUUCAAUUCAAGGCCUUCUACUCUCUCUCUCUCAACUCAGCAUGCCCCCCUGCCCCCACUCUCUCUCUUGACCCAGACAUCAACCUGAACUCUCCCAACAAGGGCCUGGGCCCCGCAGGAGGAGCAGACCCGCUGACUGACGUCCCCGUGGAGGGCGGAGCCAUGGGGGUAUCAUCCAUCAACACGUUGCCCCCAGGGCUAACAGAGGAGGAGGCUGAGGAGAUCCGCUCUGAGCUAGUCAAGGUGGAAGAGGAGAUCAGCACCCUGAGACAGGUGCUCCUGGCCAAAGAGAAGCAUUCUGCUGAGCUAAAGAGGAAGCUGGGGCUGAGCCCCCUCAACGAGCUCAAACAGAACCUCACCAAGGGAUGGCAGGACGUCCAGACCUCUAAUGCAUAUCUUACAGCGUCUGCAACUUUGGAUGAAAUUUCCCGAUCUGAAGCGUAUAAGAAGACUCAGGAGACCCUGUCUGUGGCGGGCCAGAAGACCACUGCUGCCUUCUCCACCAUGGGUACUGCCCUCAGCAGGAAACUGGGAGACAUGAGAGCGCUGCCGUUCUCUAACUCCUUUAGAAACUCUCCGACCUUCAAGUCGUUUGAGGACAAAGUUGGAAACAUGAAGUACAAGGUGGUUGGAGCCAGAGGUAACGGUGAAGCUGUCCAGUCCCCAACCGACACAAACCCUGUUCAGGACAACGCACCCUUCUGAAGACCCCCCCCCCCCCCCCCCCCCUCUUUCUCAUCACCGGGACUGUGACAUCAUCAUCAAGAGCCUCAUCACUGAGUGACACAUGACCUUUGGCCUAAAGAAGUCACCCUCUAAUCCACACAUCACUCACUACUGCCUCCCUCACCUGACCGGCAAAUGUAGUGCCCUCUAUCAUUAAUACUACUGCCCAGUCCUAAAUCACCCCUGUAGCCCCUACUCCGUAGCCCCUACCCUCUCCCUUGUGGACGACUGAAAGGACUGGAUUGAUGUGUGCAAUAUGUCAACAAUUCCAGCUAUGCUAUGACAGGGCAAGGUGGAUCCACUACCAUGUUGUUUACUCUUAUCUAGUUCCUUCAGAUCGCCACAAGUGCCUUGUAGGUUAGGGGCUUAAAGGUCCGUUUUGAAAUCUCCCUCAGCCCCCUCGCCUACUAAAAGCAUGUGCAUAUCUCAUCUCACUGUGCAAAUACAAACUACCGCAAAAUACAACCUGAGGUUACAUAACAUCAAAUCACCACAGCUUGUAAAAGGAAAAAAAACUAAGUUAAACCAUUUUGUAUUAUAAAACAAUUUUACACUGCUUUGCAUAAUGUUUUUACAUGACUUAUCUAUAUGUAUAAAUAUGAAUAAAUAUAUUAUGAUCAAUACUGCCAGUCGGCAUUCAUCGGUAGGUAUGGCGGACGUGGAGGCUCAAACAAGAAAGCAAAUAAAAGGAAAAUAAAAACACUACGACUACAACAAUGAUCAGUUUGGUGCCCUGCUGAGCAUUCUAUUUCUGUUUUGGUGCCCUGCUGAGCAUUCUAUUUCUGUUUUGGUGCCCUGCUGAGCAUUCUAUUUCUGUUUUGGUGCCCUGCUGAGCAUUCUAUUUCUGUUUUGGUGCCCUGCUGAGCAUUCUAUUUCUGUUUUGGUGCCCUGCUGAGCAUUCUAUUUCUGUUUUGGUGCCCUGCUGAGCAUUCUAUUUCUGUUUGGUGCCCUGCUGAGCAUUCUAUUUCUGUUUGGUGCCCUGCUGAGCAUUCUAUUUCUGUUUUGGUGUAAAGACCAGUUUCUACCUUCAUCAGAUGGCUAUCUUUAGGCCUUACUCCUUCAGUCUUACUGCUUUCUGUUACUUUGCUGGUAUAAAAUAAAUGUACGUUUUUCUAUUCUUCAUCUGGAAGUUGUAGAAUAGCGUUUAACCUGGGAGGUGUUUGCUUUCUCUAUUUUUAUUUGUGGGCUCAAGUGCUUACUGUUGUUGUGCCACAUCUGAAAUGAUCAACGGUCAAAGACAGCUCUCUGUGUCCACCAUUUUAUUAUAAGAAUUGUCCGCGUGCCUCAGCUGUAACCCCACCACACACUCCUGUACCCAGACGUACUCCUACCCACCCUGUGACUCGCUCUACUGUUAUAUCAACAACACUUUCUGUUUAGCCAGUGUGCACUAACCCAGUCUCUUUACACUAUAAAGAACAGCUACCUGUUCCCUAGCUGACAACCUUCAACUCAACAUGAAAUAGCUUCUAUUGGUUUGUUGACAACGUCACUUUUGUUAUUUUCAACAUGAUGUAUCUACGUAGAUUGUAUUUUUUCUCCCCCCCCCCCCCCCCCCCCCCAAUUUAGUGCUCUUACAUUUCUGUCCAGGGGAUGGAGUAUUCAUUUACCCUUUAACUUUUUAGUUUAGUUUUUUAAAUUUAGUAGUGAUUUAUAUUUAGGUUGUGUUUUUCAUGUCUCAAAAACAAAAUUUAUAUUUAGGUUGUUUUUGUAUUUAAUUGCCAUCUGUAAAUCGUUGCCAAUAUUUAAUAUCUGCCUGACAGAUCUCUCAACGCAAAACUAUAGUUAUUCCAUAGAUCGUAGUAAACCUAUCUGGACCGGUUUCCCCCCCCCCCCCCAGACACUCAUCAGACAGAGCAUUUCCGUCAGGAAUGCGUUUUAGUCCAGGACUAAGCUUAAUCUGUGUUGACAGACAGGGCCUCCUAAGGCAACCCAAUUUAUGUUUUGUUCAAUUUAUUGGCAAAAAAACAUCUGAUCGGUCAAAAGACCAAUUUAGUGGCAAAAGAUCAGAAUUGGCCUCCGUGUGUAAACGCAGCCUUAGUGUAUUCAGUUUUCUAUUGUCUCUGGUUAUGACAUAGCAAGGAAAAAGGAAGAUGUAUCCAUAGAUUGUGUUGAGCUGCAAAGACAUUGUUUGGGUCUAAUGUACAUUUUUGGGACGCCACGGCUGAAUUUGUUAACACAUUUAUUGAAGGCAUGUACAAUGUUUGGGGAUGAUAGAAGGAAUAUAUAUAUAUAUAUAGCUUUAUUUAGAAUGGGAGCCUAGUUGUAGACAUUUUAAAUGGAUAAGAUACGAGCAUGGUGGAUGAAUUCAAUGUUGGUUUGUCAUAUGUGGAGAAUAUCAAUAAAGCAUUCCUUUAAACAAAGGAGAAUUGUGGGGAAAUGUUCAAAUUUGAUCAAUCAAUCCAAUAUUUUUUUUUAAUUUAAAACCCUUUUCCUCAGUAGUUCUUUACUGUUACCUGGCCUACACCCCAAAGUGCAAGCGAGAGCACAGUGGCCGGGCAAAGGGCCUAGAGCGGGGAGCACGGGCAAGGGCCCAGAGCGGGGAUCAAACUACUGAACAAAAAUAUAGAUGCUGGUCCCAUGUUUUCAUGAGCUGAAAUAAAACAACUUAUUUCUCUUA